AAAGAAAAAAAAGAGCGCUCAAAUCAUACGUUCGUCUCCCCGCUGGCUUGGUAUCAACGAGAAUCCCCAGUCCAUGGUUACGGCGGCUCUUCAUUUGGCCAUGGACGAAGCCCCUAUCUGUGCACCCAGUUGCAUCGCUUCCGUUGACGAAACCACUGACAGCGACCGCGAAGAAGCUACGGCGGUUGAUUCGUAUCUGGAGAACUCUGGCCGGACUCUUUACGAUCAUCCGCCGUGUUUAAAUCGCAAAAGGAAGAAGAAGAAGAAGAAGAAGAAAAGGGUUAUUAUUGACAAUGUUCAAGAACUUCCUUCUUCGUCGUCUUCUUGUUCUUCGCCCGUGAGAUUGUUGCAGAAAGGUGUGAAUUGCAAACGCCGACGCCGCAAGAUUCUAAUUGCUCAAUCGCGGCGUGCCGAUGACGACUUUGAAAAUGUGGCGCUUUUACUGGGAAUGUCCUUCGCAGCUUUUGUUGCUCAGGUGCUCGAGAUGCAGGAAAGGUCUGGUGAAAGGAUGUCUGUUGGUCAUCUCUCAGUGAUUUGCACUUCGGCUAUCCGGGAAUCUUUGGUCAAUGUUUUUGGAGACAAGCUUGAUUGGUUUUUGAAGAAAUUUGAGAGAUCAUUUGAAAGCACGUUGAGAACUCUUAGAUCAAUCAGUGAAUUAUCUGCAAGAACAGGAGUGUGUUUCUCCAGCAAACGCAAGGAAGAAAAAAUCGAAGUAGAUUCGACCCUCGAUAGGAAAAGAGACGUGACAAGGAGCUCUCGUUUGGAAGAAUGUCGCCUGGAAGAGUCUUCUAGAACAAUUGCCCCUAUUGAUCAAUUAAGUUCAGUUGAAGUGAUAAAGGAAAGCAUUUCUGAUUCGUUGACUCAUGAGUUAGCUUUGUGUGAACUGAAAAGUGAUGUGACUUCUGUUGCCCCAAGGGCAGUUGGUUCCCAUCGCAAUGAGAUAGCGCUUGGCACGUUUGAAAAAUCCGUUGUCGAACAGGCUCGUUCCAAUGAUCUUAAGACAGUGGAGCUUGGCCUUGCAAUGAGGAAAUUAAGGUUGAAAGAAACACAAAUUGCCCUCAAUUGCGACUUAAACAAUCUUGAGAGAUCAAAAUUGGCAAUGGGUAUAUCAAAAGCCUGUUUUAAGGAAGAGAAGUUCAAGAAUCAGUUAGAAGACACAAGACACUCAGAGCUGCUUAGAAAGUGCAUAGACUGCCUCGUUGCUGGUUUGCUUAUAAUGUCGAUGGCCAUCUCGUACGGAGCAUACGUUUUUUCCUACCAAAAAAUUUCUGAAGCUACUGCUAUCUGUACACCUUCAACCAAGGAAUCAAAAUCUUGGUGGAUACCAAAUCCUAUGGCAUCUUUUAAUAAUGGACUGCAUAUGUUAAGUUGUCAAGUUCAAGUUGUGAGUCGAAUGGCGUUUGGCGUGAUUUUGAUUCUUGCAAUUGCCUACUUGCUUCUUCAACGCUCGUCGGCUUCAAACCAGGCAAUGCCAGUUACUUUCAUUGCCUUGCUGCUUGGUGUUGCCUGCGGUUUAGCUGGGAAGUUGUGCAUAGACACACUGGGAGGAAGCGGAUUGCAUUGGCUCAUGUACUGGGAGACCUUGUGCAUAUUGCAUUUAUUUGCAAAUAUUUUCACUUCUACACUGUUUAGGAUUCUACAUGGCCCGGUCAAGGUUUCUGAAGGGAAAAAUGGCAACACAAUCUUGCCAUACUGGAUCCGCCGUGCUGUAUUCUAUGCCCUUCUGCUUGUCUUUCUGCCAUUGUUGUGUGGGCUGCUACCAUUUGCAGGUGUUGGUGAAUGGAAAGAUCAUUUCUUCUUCUGGUAACUGCCGGAUGUGGCUGCCGGGCGUUGCUGCGUAGGAUUAUUUAUUUUGUAUUGGUUUUUGUAAGAGCCAUUUAAAAUGCUUUGGGAUAGUUUUGCAGUUAAAUUGCUAAUUGAUUGUUAUUAUUAUUUAUGUAUGAAUGAGUAAUACUUGAAUAGAUCUUGUA